AUGGCUGAGUCUGAAUAUCAAGCCGAUGUGGUGGUGGUUGGCGGGGGGAUUGCCGGCAUCGUUGCGGCCGUGGAAUUGCUCACCGCCGGCAAACGUGUGCUGCUGCUCGAUCGCGACGAAGAGUCGGCCCUGGGCGGGCUGGCGAAUUGGGCGUUCGGUGGAAUGUUCUUCGUCGAUACGCCCAUCCAGCGGCGAAACGGCAUUCGCGAUAGCCUCGAGCUGGCCAAGCACGAUUGGUACGCGUUUGCCGAGUUCGCCGAAGAUGAAUACUGGGGCCGCCAAUGGGCCGAUCAGUUCAUUCACCUCACGACCGAACAUGCGUACGAAUGGCUGACACAACGGGGCAUUUCGUAUUUCCCGGUGUUGAAUUGGGUCGAGCGGGGGUUGUUCACCCCGGGCAAUUCGGUGCCUCGCUUUCAUUUACUGUGGGGAACUGGUUAUGGCCUCACGCAGACGAUGAUCGGCCAACUGCGAGGUCAUAAGAACGUCGACAAGCUGCAGAUCGCUUUUCGGCAUCGGGUGACCGAAAUCGAAACGCAGGACAACACGAUCAAAGGCGUCUCGGGCAUUCGCGAAGAUGAUGGACCCCCGUUCACGGCUACCGCCGAUGUGGUGGUGAUCGCCAGCGGAGGGCUCGGCGGAAGUAUCGAACGGGUGAAAGAAGAUUGGUGCAAAGACUGGGGCACCCCGCCGGAGACGAUUCUUAACGGUUCCCACGAGUACGCGAUUGGCGACCUGCACGAUGCGGCCGAGCGGCUGAACGGCUCGGUGGUGAAUCUCGACAAGCAGUGGAACUAUGCCGCCGGGGUGCAUGCCCCCAAACCUCGUAUGCCAAACCACGGGCUGAGCCUGGUCCCCACGAAGUCGGCCCUGUGGUUGAACCAUCGCGGGGAGCGGUUCAAGCCAAUCCCACUGAUGACGGCCUUCGACACCCGAUACCUGGUCGAGCGGAUUUGCCAGGAAGAGCAGAAGUAUUCGUGGCAGAUCCUCAACAUGAAGAUCGCCAAGAAAGAAUUCGCCAUCUCCGGCUCGGAACACAAUACGGCGAUCCGCGACAAGAAGCUGUUCAAGUUCCUGAAGACCAUUCUUCUGGGCAACAAGCCGUUGGUGGACGAUAUGCUGGCCAACUGCAAGGACUUCGUGGUGGCCGACUCGUUGGACGCGCUGGUCGAAAAGAUGAACGCCCUGGAGACUGAUGGGCACGUCGACCCCCAGGUGUUGAAAGACGCCGUGAACGAGUACGAUCAGAACAUCGAACGCGGCCCUAAGUUUCACAACGACGACCAGCUACGCCGCAUCGCUCAGGUGCGACAGUAUCGGGGCGACAAGGUCCGCACCUGCAAGUUCCAGAAGAUCAACGAUCCGAAAGCUCUGCCGUUGAUCGCGAUUCGGUUGUUCAUCCUCUCGCGAAAAAGCCUGGGCGGAAUUCAGACCGAUCUGGAAAGUCGGGUGCUGACCAAAAGCGUCGACGGCCAGCAAGCACCCAUCGAGGGGCUGUAUGCCGUGGGCGAGGCCGCCGGAUUCGGCGGGGGCGGCAUGCAUGGCAAGCGGUCGCUGGAAGGAACUUUUCUCAACACUGCGACCAACAUGAAAAAAACUGGUGCCCAACUAGCCGUGUUCGCCUUGGAACAAAUCGGGGUGAAGUUCACGUUCGGAAUCCCCGGAACGCACACCACCGAGCUUUACGACGAGUUGAACAACUCCGACAAAAUCGAGCCGGUGCUGGUCACACACGAAGGCGGGGCGGCCUUCAUGGGCGACGGGGUCUCGCGCACUUCAGAUUCAAUCGGAACGCUGACGAUUGUCCCGGCCGCCGGAACCACUCAUGCGAUGAGUGGGAUCGGGGAGGCGUUCCUCGAUGGCAUUCCGUUGUUGAUCAUCUCCGGGGGUUGCCGUCGCGACAGCGGGCGACAUUACCAACUGCAUCAGAUGGAACUUGGCCCGUUGGUCACGCCGAUCACCAAGGGUUACUUUCUGAUCGAGAAGCACGAAGACAUUAUUCCGACGAUCUAUAAGGCGUACGACCUGGCUACCAGCGGCGAGCCGGGGCCGGUGUUUGUGGAGAUUCCGGUCGAGCUGCAGUUGUUCAAGGGCGAAUUCCCCGAGUUGCUCGAAUACAAAAAGCCGCCGGCGCGGCCUGCGCCGAGCGAUGCCGAAAUCUCGCAGGCCGUCGACAUGCUGUUGGCGGCGAAGAAGCCGUGCAUCUAUGUCGGCUGGGGGGCCGUCGAUGCGGCCGACGAAGUUGCCAAGCUGGCCGAUACCCUGGUCGCACCGGUCUCGACCACAUUACAAGGCAAGAGCGCGUUUCGAGCAAAUCAUCCGCUGCACACCGGCGUUGGCUUCGGGCCCACGGGUCUUCCCCAGGCGCAGAAGACAUUCGCCGGAUGCGAUUGCUUGCUGACCGUGGGGGCUCGCUUCGGGGAGAUUGCCACCGGGAGUUAUGGCAUUACCGUGCCCGAGAACUUGAUCCACGUCGACAUCAACCCCGAGGUGUUCAACAAGAAUUACCAGGCGAAGCUGGCAAUUGAGGGGGACGCGACCGAGGUGAUGAAGGCGAUCAACGCGGGCGUAGCGGCAAAGAAUUACAAGUCGGAUCGCGAUGCCCAGGCACUGACCAAGACUAUCGCCGAAGAGAAGAAGGCCUACGGCGACACUUGGCGGCAGGGGAAACGCGACGACAUUGUCUCGCCCGGUUACUUCUUCGAGUCGCUGCGUAAGCACUUACCCGAGGACACCUACUUGGUAAUCGACGACGGCAAGCACACGUUCUUGGCGGCCGAGCUGUACGACUGUUACCAUCCGCGGCACUUCAUCUCCCCGACCGACUUCAACUGCAUGGGCUACUGCGUACCGGCCACGAUCGGUGUGAAGCUUACGCACCCCAAUCAUAUGGUCGCGGCGAUCGUCGGCGAUGGGGCCUUCCUCAUGACGUGCAUGGAAAUGCUCACUGCCGUGACGCAGGGCGUGGGGAUCAUGGUAUUCAUCUUCCACGAUGGGGAAUUAGGCCAGAUCUCGCAAUUCCAGAAGACCCCACUCAAUCGAAAGACCUGCACCGUGUUGGGCGAUUUCAACGCCGAGGGGAUCGCCAUCACCACCGGGGCCGAGUUCAUCUCGAUGAAGAACGACCACCAAAUCGAUGAGGGCAUCGCCAAGGCCAUCGAAUACGCCAACGACAAUCGCCCUGUGAUCAUCGACGUGAAUAUCGAUUACUCGAAGAAAACGAUGAUGACCAAAGGUGUCAUCAAAACAACACUAGGUCGCUUCCCGCUGACCGAGAAGGUGCGGUUUAUUUCCAGGGCGGUGGCUCGGCAUGUGAUGGGGUAG